CUGGCAAAAGUGAUCUGCAGAAGCGAAAGGCAAUUCUGCUGCUGUACGUAGACAACACACCUGAAGCCCCCCAGAUUCCCACAAUGCCUAGAGGUUAGUGCCGCCUCGCCUCCGCGGGGGAUCUGGGAAGUGAACACACUUCACCGGGACAAUGGAUGUGAGAGGAUCGUGCUCCUUGAGUGGAUUCGAUAAAUGAUGGCUUUUACCCGGUCUUGUACAGAAGCUUGAGACUCGGUGUCGUGCGUUCGAAAAUCGUAGGGGAUCAUUGAAUGCUCUAGUAACGAGUCGGCGAUUGAUCAUCUCGAGAACAUAAAGACAAUUAUAUACUCCUGUUCUAUUUCUUCUAUCCUGCCUUUCAAAACUAGCAGACAUGAAAUUCAUCGCCUCACUCCUCGGCAGCGCAUCGCUCGUGCUCGCCGCCAGCCGGACGUCCCCGCCACCGGGUUGUCUGCACGUAGCGAAGAGCGGCGGGGCGUAUUCGACGGUGCAGUCGGCCAUCAACUCGCUGUCGACGACGAGCAGGACGGCGCAGUGCGUCUUCAUCGACCAGGGCACCUACACUGAGCAAGUGUAUAUCCCCUCGCGCUCCGCUGCGCUCACCGUCUACGGCUACUCUGCCGACACCACCUCGUACGCGAACAACAAGGCUACUAUCACGUAUAAUCUGAGCGCUGCCUCUGCCGGGAACAAUGAUGCGUCUGCCACGUUGAGGGUCCAUGCUGCUAAUGUUAAGGUCUAUAACGUUAACGUCGUCAACUCCUAUGGCAAAGGCAGCCAGGCCCUCGCGCUCAGCGCACAGGCGAGCAGUGGGUACUACGGCUGCCAGUUCUACGGGUUCCAGGACACGGUCCUGGCAAACGAGGGCCAGCAGUAUUACAGCCAGUGCCUGGUCACGGGCGCCACCGAUUUCAUCUUCGGCCAGCGGGCGCGCGCGUGGUUCGAAGGGUGCGAUAUCCGGGUUCGCAAUGGCGGAUACUACAUCACAGCCAAUGGCCGUGAUUCCUCGAGCAAUCCCUCGUACUACCUGUUCAACAACUGCGACGUCGCCGCCGGCGCCGGCGAGUCCGUCUCCAGCGGCUCGUACUACCUUGGUCGUCCGUGGCGGAAAUACGCUCGCGUCGUGUUCCAGAACACAGCGCUGAGCUCAGUCAUCAAUUCAGCCGGCUGGUCGAAGUGGAACGGCGACAACGACGUCGGCAACAUCUACUACGCCGAGUACGCCAACACGGGUUCGGGCGCCAGCGGCUCGCGCGUCUCGUGGGCGACGACGCUGCGCUCGGCCGUGAGCGAGAGCACGGUGCUCGGGAGCGACUAUGUGAGCGGUGCUUGGUAUGAUGCUAGUUAUCCGAGCUAGAGCGCACGACGGCAUUCCGGUCGCACAGGUGUCGCUUUGCAGUUUGUCUGUCUGUGUGUGUGUCCUAGCUGAGCAAAAGGGCCUGUGCGUUGGCAGCCAUCUAAGCUAGGGAGUUCUUUGAAGCAACUGACGCCGGAAACCUAAUGCCAUGUAUACAGCCAAUUUAAGGAAUUUUAUAAUCUUUCUUUAUUGGCAGUUUCGGUUUCGAUAGAUUGACAUUUGUAGGCCGUCGUUCUCAAGCUAUAUCUAGUGUGAUGGGGCUAAGAAUCGAGCCGAAUUAAGCCAGCGGCCACAGUAUCAUACAUAGUACACAUCCUCGCUGGAGACGUCACGGAAAGCGAUGGCGUUUUUCUCUCCUCCCUUUUUGCGCCUUUCCAGGAAACCAUCUCAAAGCGACACCAGAGCUGAGGCUGUUCUAAGUAUCACGGCGUAGACUAUAUAUAUCCCUUGGGACGACAAAGCUGAAACAGCAUUAUUGGCUCAGGUCUCUAGAAUACCCAUACCAUGUGCUGCGCCGUCUUCGUGGCUUUGUUUUAGGCUAAAGUGGCUGGCUCCCUUGAUGAGGUCAAGUUGACUAUCUUCUAGAGUAUUUUUCAUUUUUCAUUUUGUAUUUUUUUU